AUGGUUGAACUCCACGCCAACCAUGGCAUCGUGGUGCAACCCAUCUCCAUCCAGAGCACUGGUGUGGUCACGGCACGUGUCAACGAUGUCGUCGUGGUGAAGGCCCGUCAUAGCCUGAGCGCUGUAGUGAUCGACGCCCCCGCUGGCCAUGGCGUCUUGGUGCAAAUCCUCUACGGUGCUGUCAUGGUGCAGGCCCUUGCGAUGGAAGUUGAAGAAUUAAGAUCGGGAUUAGAAGUAAGAGCAGACACACAAUCGACGCCGCCCAACCGCGAGAAGACCCACAGCGAGGUUGAGCGCCACGUGGUAUCGCAGCUGCUCACGCUCAUGGACGGGCUCCGGCCGCGCGCGCAGGUCGUGGUCAUCGGGGCCACCAACCGCCCCAACAGCCUCAACCCGGCGCUCCGCCGCUUCGGCCGCUUUGACAGGGAGCUCCACAUCGGCGUGCCGGACGAGGUCGGCCGCCUCAAGAUCCUCCGCAUCCACAGCAAGGACAUGCCCCUCUCCGACGACGUCGUCGACCUCGAACACCUUCCGUAGG